ACCUGUUCAUUUCUUCUCCGUCGCUGCGUCUCUCCGCGCGUCCGCAACGAUGACGUCGGAGGCGAGGGAGAGAUUGCGGGAGAUUGGCGGCUCUCUUGUCUGUGUGUUCCCACACCGUCUCUCUCACCGGACAACCCGACCAGGCCGCGCUCUGGCGUCGGAGUAGCGGGACAAUGACGCACGCCAUUUUGUCCAGUGCCCGUCGAACGCGUCGCGCGUCGGGGUGUUGUGUUGGGGUUGUUCGCGCAGUGCAAGUGAGCAAACCUUGCGGAGUGAACUGAAUCGGAAUCGUGCGAUAAUAACGAGCGGGCGCUCGUCGUGCUCGGCUCGUUGUGGGCCGGUGUAAUAUGUAUUACGUGCUCUACAGACUCGUGCCCGUGGCGACGACGUCCCGCGCGACUAGAGACUACAUCUUCGCUGACUGCGGCGAGCCGCGAAGACGACGGAUGUAGCGUCGCGGCAACGACGACGACGACGCCGUUCAACACAGACAAAAAAGAGCGGAUGACGUGAAUGACGACAAUCUCGCGUCCAGUCGGAUCCCGUUAGCACGGAGAGCAACGUCCAGAUGCAGAUUUGCAGUGAAAAAAGAAUGAAACGACUAAGUCGGAUUUACAUCGAUCGACUUCGUUGUUGCAAAGAUGACUAUAAAUUCUUAAUGACUUAAGAGUUGAAUGCGUAACGGAGAAUACAUCGAAAAAAAUGACAAAAUAUGUUGCAGUAACCCGACGGCACAACGGCAAGAAUGCAUACUCCUGCUGAACCCACAGAGACUCACACACAGUCGAAAAUGUAUAAUCUAGAGAGUGAGGAAACGGGAACGUCCGCGGGCAUGAGUGGAGUAGUUCUUUCGUCACCCAAUCCGGAGGUUCAUAUAUUUACCAACAGCAUGCUAUGUAUCCAAGAAGAACUCGCACAAUUAAGUGAAAUCGCGGGAAGUCCCGAAAGGUUGGUCACUGAGCUGCGAGAAGUUCAAUUGGCAAAUAGCAAUCAUCAUAACUCCGCGAGCAACAACAGCGCAACAAAAUGCGCAACCGGACCGGAAAGUAUCGAUUCCCAACGAUCGAGUUGGCUCGAGGGCAUAAUCGGAUGCAUGCGACCUGUAUUUUCCAUGCUAUCGAAAACCGCUAUUAACGAAAAGAUCAAGAUCCUUUCAAGUAAGUCAUACGCGGAUGAUUGGGAGAUAUCUUUUGAAGACAUUAGCGAGCUGCAAUGGCUCGCGUCCGGAGCUCAAGGUGCGGUAUUUAGUGGGAAAUUAAAUAGAGAAACUGUAGCUGUAAAAAAAGUAAAAGAACCGAAAGAGACUGAUAUACGCCAUUUGCGAAAGCUCAAUCAUCCGAACAUUGUACAAUUCAAAGGAGUUUGUACUAAAUCUCCCUCUUAUUGCAUAAUAAUGGAAUAUUGUCCUUUUGGACCGUUGUACGAUUAUUUGAGAAAUGGAGGACCGGUUCCUCCAGAGAAAUUGGUGUCAUGGUCAAAAGAUAUCGCUGCAGGGAUGACGUACCUUCAUGCUCACAAAAUCAUACAUAGAGAUCUCAAAAGUCCAAACGUUCUCAUUGGACAAAACGAAGUAGUGAAAAUCAGUGACUUUGGCACGAGUAGGCCUAUGCUCGAGAGCAGCACGAAAAUGACGUUCGCGGGCACGGUGGCGUGGAUGGCACCGGAAGUAAUCAGGAAUGAUCCGUGUUCGGAGAAGGUGGACGUAUGGUCGUACGGUGUCGUACUGUGGGAACUGCUAAGCGGUGAAAUACCUUACAAGGAUGUUGAUUAUUCCGCGGUGAUGUGGGGCGUGGGCAGCAAUAUUCUGCAUUUGCCGAUUCCGGCCAGUUGUCCGGAGGGUUACGGACUGUUAAUCAGACAGUGUUGGGCGGCCAAACCGCGUAAUAGACCUUCCUUCAAACUCAUCGAGAUGCACCUCAACAUCGCAUCUGUCGAGGUGCUUGCCACAAAACCCGACGAAUACUUCAAAGCACAACAAUCAUGGAAGAAAGAGAUACAAGAACACAUGCAGCAGAUACCGGUAGUUACUAAUAACGAUCCGCGUUUCGAGGCUGAUCUGAUUCGACGGAGAAAAGACGAAUUACGGCACGCUCAGGAUAUCAGAGAGCACUACGAGCGCAAGCUCGAAAUCACUAAUCAGUUGUAUUUGGAAUUGAACUCUAUGUUGCUGCAAUUGGAGUUGCGGGAGCGAGAUGUGAUAAAAAGAGAGCAGCAAUCGACGGGAUACAAGCAAUACAAGAAGCGCUUUGUUCGACCAUUAUUGAAAGCCCAGGAGAAGCUCUAUCGCAAGCAGAACGGAAUAGUACGGUUUUCCACUUCUUCGACGCCUACUACUCCACCAUCGCCAACAGAUCAUUCACCGCAGAAUCCCGUUAAAGCCACCAUGUACACUCAAUUGAACGAAUCGAAUCAACCGGAAACUGUUCUAGCAUCGAACAAUUCGUACAAACGCAAGUAUAGACAUCGCAGAGUCGGCUCUGGUUGUGGUCUGAGUUCCAGUCCUAGAUCGAGUCCUCAUCGCGAAAGAAAGAGCACGGAGGUACCUGCAAAAUUUAUCGAUAAUCAAACGCAAACGGACGUAAUGGACAUUACCGAAACAGAUCACUCGUUAACACAACCGACCUCGGCGAACAAAUGCUCGGCAAACAACACAUGCUCGCUCUCUUCGGAAAAGACUUCCUUGGAUGCUCUCAACAAAUGUUGCCUCCAUUCGUGGAAUAAACAAACGACGGAAUGUUUAAACGGAAAUCCAAUACCGGAAACAUACUAUCCGAUGCAGAUCAGUUCGUGCUCCAGUCCCGAACCUCUGAAUGAGAAUAACGCGAAUGGAAACGAACGUUUGAAGGAUUGUAGCGACGACGACAAUCUGGAGACCCUCGGUAGAAAAGUUAGCGAGAUUAUUAACGCGAAUCGUCUUAUUAUUGACAACGGAAAUGGCGGUGAUGUGAUUUCUCACAGGAAUGAAGAAGACUUAGGUAAAUUACCUGGGCACUAUGUAGAACAACCCGACAUUAAAAUGCGAAUUACCGCGGACAACGCCACAGACGAUCGCGAAGACGAGGCUUGCGAAGAAAGUUGGUCAGAUGAAGAAGGAGAAGACCUGAGCUACACGAACAACUAUUCCAUUAGACGAAGAAGUAUUGCAAGGAGGCCAAUAGGUCCUGGCUGCAGAUUACGAAGAUCUAAACCGACAACUCUUAAACGAGUACAAGGAGUGUUGGCUUCCGAUGAGGAAAAUACUUCUGAAUAUUCACACCCUCCGUCCAGUCAAACUUCCACGUUAGAUAGUAACCCGGAAGUUCAAAGGGCUUUUCGUGAUAUUAUACACCAGUCUCAAAAAAGGAAGGAAAUAGGGGAUCCCUCUGAUGCAUCGAGCGAAUCAGAGACAGACGAAGUCAGUGAAGUUACCAUCGCAUCUCAACCAGCGAGAACGAUGAGCUUCAGAGGAUUCGAGAGAUUUUAGAGAGAUUAGCUAUUAAUUUUUAUAUGUGAUUUAUAAUUAUGAACAAUAGAGUUAGAUUUACUGCCUGAGUAAAGUUGAAACAUACUUCACUUUGCAAUUUAUGUUGAAUAUUGUAGAUAUUUAUCUAUUUAUAUACAUACACGCAUACAUAUACAUACACAUUCAUAUACAUAAUGACAUAUGUAAACACACAUUUACACAUUACUUCCACAUAUAUAAGAAUACAUAUGCUAAAGAAGUAUGUAAUAUUAGAUUUUUGUAAUUUAGAAGAUCGUGAAUUUGAGUCUAAUUUGUACAAUUCAAUUUUUUUUUUUUUUUUUUUGCAUCUCUGAAGUGAAUGUUAUAUAGAACCGUAAAAAACAAUCUCGAUCAAUAUUUAAUCUUGAUCAUACAUACAUACAUAAAUCUGCAAGAAAUUAGUUUAACGUUGCUCAAAUAUCGCGAUUUGAGUUACAUAAUUGAUUUUAUAUCGCGCGUGAUGAUCAUGAAGAUCCAUAGUGUAAAUUUUUACAUCCAACAAAUCUAAAUACUGCUUCGAAGGAUUUCGUUUGCAAACGCUGCAUAUUACUGUCAUUCAUCAAAUGUCUCGCGUCCCAAGAAUCACUGGUCAUUAGCAAAUGUUCUAGAAAGUACGGAUGUCCGUCUAACGUCCGUAUGUAUUUCAAACGAGAAAUCGUGUAAUAUUUAUUUCGUUUACCUCAUAGCAUCUCAUUUUUGUGCGUCCUUUUUGGAUGCGCUGUGUGUAUCACAUGAGUCACAAAUUUUCAUUUGAAAUCGUGCAUACCCAUUGCCAUAGAAAUAAGUUUUCCCCGCACGUUGAAAUUGGAGGCAGCUAACGCGAAUGUUCGCGAAUGUCCACAACAUGUUUUUCCCCUAAAUGUAUUACUAUCUGACGAAAGGAGAGAGUCACACACGUACACAAACACACGUAAGAGUAAAGAAAACUUCUGGCUAAAUGAUAUUAUGUAUAAUGUAUUAUUCGAGAAUGUGUUCUCUUGAAAAAAAAAAAAAUAAAAAAAAUGAUCUAACGAACGAUCUGUCGUAACGAAAAAAAUGUACAACAUAGCGAUAAACAUACAAAUUUUAUUGACAUAAGUGCCUAUGGCAAUUUGCAUGCAUCUACUGUGACGAUCGAAGAUGUCUAGUGAAAGUUAGAAAAUUGAUAAUAUAUGCAAUUUAGUCUUUGAAGCAUGUAUUGAAAGAUAUUGUUGUACCUGUAUGAUCUUUUAUAUUUGCUACAUAUGAUAUAAUCUAAUACGAAAGAUAUUAGAUCAGGAACAAUGAGAAAAAAAUAGAAAAAAAUGUAAAUUUUCCGAAAACUUCCUAUUUACAACAGGAGAAACAUUUUGCAUCAUGUUCGUACAUGUAUAUCUCCAAAAAAUGUAUAUUCAUACGUAAGGAGAUUUAAUUUUUUUAUUUUACAGAAAGCCAGCUAAGAUCAGAGAGCGUAAGUUUAUGGUAACUAUGUACUUAUUGAUUUUUUCAAGAGCUUAAGCAUUUAUAUAUAAUAUAUAUAAUAGUUUAUAUAUAGAAAAGCGAGUUGUAU